CAUAGGGCGCUGUGUAACCAUUGUGGCCUUUGAAAAUGAAGAGGAAACAUUUGCUAUUUUUUCUUGAGAGACUGAGGGAUGAGAUGUUGUGUCGGCACGUCGGUAGGAUGAGGACACGUUGGCGCAUGUGUAUUACGUAGUUUUCAGAACAUCAAAUCACCAUGCCAAGAAUUCCUGGUCGUGUUCGACGAAGUAGACGAAGAUCAACCAUAGCAGAUACGACAGCUACAUUCAAUGCUGAACAACAAAACGAAGAAGCACAUUCGAGUUCUAGUGGAGUAAGUAAGGAAGAUCUAGAAGAGCGUCCCGCAAAAAGGGCUAAACAUCGGCAUGUUGAAUCUGACAAGACAUCUGAAAAAAUAGUAUAUAAUAAAACAGAAAGGUGUAAUAUUUGUCGCCAAAAGAUAGACGACUAUAUUAAAAUAUAUGAAGGACCUCCAAAUAAUGCUUCGGAGGAAAUGCUCGCUUUAACAGAUGACAAAUUAUCCAUAGAUUCACAAGAUGACUUCCCUCAACACAAAUUAACUCAUUUCAGUGUUUUCGAUCGUAACAGUCAUUUGUGUCCUUUUGAUACGGGACUUGUAGAUGAAAAUGUACAGCUAUUUUUUUCUGGAUAUAUAAAACCUGUUUAUGAAGAUGACGCUUCACCAGAAGGUGGAGUACCAGCAGAAAUGAUGGGUCCAAUAGCCGAGUGGUACAUAGCUGGUUUCGAUGGUGGAGAUCUGGCUCUUGUGUAUAUUAAGUCACCAUAUGCCGAAUAUAUUCUAAUGGAGCCAUCCGCCGAAUAUGCUCCUAUCUUUAAGGCCUUGAAAGCAAAGUCAUAUUUGAGUAAAUACAUUAUAGAAUUUCUCUUAGAUGAAACUGAACCCACCUACGAGGACUUGAUCAACAAACUUGAAACGAUAGUGCCACCCGAUAAUUUGGAACAAUUUACUGAGGAAAGUUUACUAACGCACGCACAGUUCAUAUGUGAUCGAGUAUUGUCUUUCGAUGCUGAUGCUGAAGAGGAAGACACUCUUUUUAUUACAACACCCUGCAUGAGAUCAUUAGUGGAUCUUGCAGGUGUCACUCUAGGAAGAAAGAACGCCCUUCGUGAAAUUAGAGCCAGAAGGUCGCAACGAAAUAACCAACAGACUUGGACGAAAGCAACUACUACACGAUUAGUUAAUGACGUGUUUGAACAUGUAUUUUCUGAUCAGUUAAUAGAACAUGAUAAUGAAAUAAGUAAGAAACAUAAAAUGAGGUGUGGAGUAUGUGGACAUUGCGAAAGUCCUGACUGUGGAGAGUGUGCAGCAUGCAAGGCUAUGGUCAAAUUCGGAGGGACUGGAAAAUCCAAACAGGCAUGCACUCGUAGACGCUGCCCAAACAUGGCUAUUAAGCUCGCAAAUGAGUCUGAUGUAGAAGAUGACGAUCAGCUCGAAACUAUGACGGAAGAUAUGAGCGCUAGUCGAUCGGAAGAAAACAGUGAUACAAAAACUGUUAAAGAACUCUCAAAAGAUAUUGCAUGGCUGGGAGAGAAAAUCGUUAGCGACAAAAAAAGGACAUUUUACACAGGCGUAACAGUCGGUGAUGAAAUGAUAGAAGUAAACGACUGCGUGCUUGUAGAACCGAAUGAUUCAUCUGUUCCACCAUAUGUUGCUAAAGUAGUUUACCUGUGGGAAACUAACGAGGGCGCGAAAAUGUUUCACGCAAAUUGGUUCUACAGAGGAAAUGAAACUAUACUUCAAGAAACAUCACAUCCUGCAGAGAUAUUUUUAUCUGACCAGUGUAAGGAUUUGCCCUUCAGUAGUAUUAGAUCCAAGUGUACUGUUAUUCAUAAAAAAGCACCAGAAAAUUGGGCUGAACUAGGCAAUACGGACUGGAACGUUGAGGAUGAAAAGAAAUACAAGGAUGGUAAAACAUUCUUUUAUCAGAAACGCUAUUUGUUUGAGACAUGCAGAUUUGAAGAUCCUUUACCUGAACUAGAGUGUACUUCUACGAUUAGUAGUCAUUGUUUCUGUGCCGUAUGUGCCCGCGUAAAGGAAUUAGAUGAAUUCAACACACCGAAGGUGUCCGAACGAAAAGAAGAAAAAUGUAACAUGGUCACUUACGGUCUUGUACAAUAUAAGGGAGAAGAUUAUACAGUCCAAUCAGCUGUGUUUUUAAGUCCGAAAGCUUUCAGUUUCAAAUAUAAACUUAAAUAUAGUUCCGCGCCAAAAAGAGACGACGUAGAUCCAGAACUAUAUCCUGAAUAUUAUAGAAAACGUAGUGAUUAUGUCAAAGGUUCAAAUUUUGAGCUCCUAGAUCCUUUUUGCAUAGGAUGUAUAAGUGAGAUAUAUGCUACUACGAAUAAAAAGGAACCCUCACUUGAUGAUAUUUAUAUAAAAGUAAAUAAAUUAUAUAGACCAGAGAACACACACAAGGGAGCUACGUUAGUGAAACAAGAAGACUUGAAUAAACUUUAUUGGAGUGAUGAAGUGUGUACUAUCAAUUUUGGUAAUGUUGUUGGAAAGUGCUAUCUUGCUUAUUCUGAAAACAUAACAAUCCCAAUUGACGAUUGGACUGAUGCAGGACCAUAUAGGUUUUACUUUAGUGAAGCUUAUGAUAUAGAACACGAAAAAUUUGAGGAACCAUGCUCUACUGCAAGGAACCUUGGUAGAAGUACAUUAAAGGGAAGCAAGGGGAAUGUAAAAUUAAAAGGGAAUAAAUCAAAGAUAAGUGAGGAAAAGGAGGAUACUAAUAAACCUAUUGAAUACAAAAUAAUAGGGAGGAAAUUACGAACGUUAGAUGUAUUUUCUGGGUGCGGUGGAUUAUCGGAAGGUUUACAUCAAUCUGGUAUAUCUGAAACUCUUUGGGCUAUAGAAAAAGAAAAACCAGCUGCUAAUGCUUUCCGUCUAAAUAACCCUCAGGCAACAGUGUACGAAGAAGAUUGUAACAUAUUACUAAAAAAAGUUAUGGAUGGCGAAACAACAGAUAAAUGGGGUCAAAAACUGCCUCAAAAGGGAGACGUAGAAAUAUUAUGCGGUGGUCCACCAUGUCAAGGCUUUAGCGGCAUGAAUCGUUUCAAUAAACGGCAAUAUUCUUUGUUCAAAAACUCUCUGGUCGUCUCGUUUUUAUCGUAUUGCGAUUAUUAUAGGCCCAAAUUCUUUAUUAUGGAAAACGUUCACAAUUUUCUGAGUUUUAAAAAACAUGUGGUUCUAAAAUUAACGUUAAGAUGUUUAAUUCGCAUGGGCUACCAAUGUGCAUUUGAGUCUCUUCAAGCUGGAAAUUACGGAGUGCCACAAUCGAGACGAAGAGCGAUACUCUUAGCUGCUGCACCUGGGCAAACAUUACCUAAAUAUCCUGAAGCUAUGCACGUCUUUCGUAAACAUUUCAACAUACGUACAUAUAUCGGAAAAAAAUACUAUGAUACAACUCGCACUUGGACAUCAGCACCAUAUAGAACAAUUACCGUAAAAGACGCGAUAUUUGAUUUGCCAGAGAUUAAAAAUGGAUGUUCAACGUUAAAAAUGCCGUAUACAAGUGAUCCAGUGUCACACUUUCAAAGAAAAAUCCGAAGAAAACUAACGGAACCAAUGUUAAGAGAUCAUAUAUGCAAGACUAUGAAUCCUCUUAUAUUAACUAGAAUAUCUCAUAUUCCACUUACUGUCGGUGCUGAUUGGCGUGAUUUGCCAAAUAUUGCUAUCACUUUAGGUACCGGUUACAAGGUUAAAAAAUUAGAAUACACUCAUGAUGAUAAAAAGAUGGGAAGAGCUCCUACAGGAGCACUUCGCGGUGUCUGUAAUUGUGCCGAAGGUGACAAAUGCGAUCCUAUGGCCAGACAGUUCGAUACCUUAAUCCCAUGGUGCCUACCACAUACUGGGACGCGUCACAAUCACUGGGCAGGAUUAUAUGGUAGAUUAGAAUGGGAUGGAUUCUUUUCUACAACCGUUACAAUUCCUGAGCCUAUGGGAAAACAGGGACGUGUAUUGCAUCCAGUGCAAAAUCGAGUGGUAAGCGUAAGGGAGUGUGCAAGAUCGCAAGGAUUUCCCGACUAUUAUCAAUUUCAUGGUGAAAUAAAUGACAAGCACCGACAAAUCGGAAACGCAGUCCCUCCACCGCUCGCAGCAGCCAUAGGCCAUGAGAUAAGGAAGUGUAUCCGUGACACAGAUGUUAUACCUAAAAUUGAAAGUGAACUCACUGAAGACAUUGAAAGGCCUACAACAAGCAGAGAGUAUCCAUAAAGAGCCCAAGGUAAAUUGAUCAAAGAAGAGCCUGAUACAAGUCAAUCGAGGAUAGUAAAAGUUGAAAGUGAACUAAUCGAAGACCCCGAAAAACCUGGUAUAUGUCAAAAGAGUUUAGAAAAAGAUGAAAAUGUACUGAUUGAAGAUCCCGAAAAAACUGGUACAAGCAAAGGAGUCUAGAAACAGUUGUGUACGAUGCUAGAUUUUACUUUGAACUGUUUUAUAUGAUUUCACUUCAAUCUUUUAUCUUUCUAUUUGACUGUCAUUUUAUGAUUUUUUAACAUGGGACUGUCAUUUUACUAUUUCUAUCAUAUGACUUGACUGUGGGGUUUCAGUACUUUUUUAUUUGAUUUGGAAG